UUUGGUAUAAAUGCAUUUCCGCAUCGAACGGGCGCCCUUUCCUGUCUACGGCCUGUAAGAAGAUGGCGGUGCAGAUUUCAAAGAAGCGGAAAUUCGUCUCGGACGGAAUCUUCAAGGCCGAGCUGAACGAGUUUCUGACUCGCGAGCUGGCCGAGGACGGCUACUCGGGCGUGGAGGUGCGCGUCACCCCGACCAGGACCGAGAUCAUCAUCCUCGCCACCAGGACCCAAAAUGUUCUGGGAGAGAAAGGCCGCCGCAUCCGAGAGCUGACGGCCGUGGUCCAGAAGAGGUUCGGCUUCCCUGAGGGCAGCGUGGAGUUGUACGCUGAAAAGGUGGCCACCCGCGGCCUGUGCGCCAUCGCGCAGGCGGAAUCUCUGCGCUACAAGCUGCUGGGAGGUUUGGCCGUGCGAAGGGCGUGCUACGGCGUGCUGAGGUUCAUCAUGGAGAGCGGCGCCAAGGGCUGCGAGGUGGUGGUGUCGGGCAAGCUGAGGGGGCAGCGAGCCAAGUCCAUGAAGUUCGUGGACGGCCUGAUGAUCCACAGCGGCGACCCCGUCAACUACUACGUGGACACGGCCGUCCGCCACGUUCUGCUCAGGCAGGGUGUGCUGGGCAUCAAAGUGAAGAUCAUGCUGCCGUGGGACCCGAGCGGCAAGAUCGGCCCCAAGAAGCCUCUGCCUGACCACGUGAGCAUCGUGGAGCCCAAAGAGGAGCAGCUGCCCACCACGCCCAUCUCCGAGCAAAAGGGGGCCAAGCUCGACGUGCCCGUCAUGCCCCAGGGCGGCGCCCCCGUGCCUACCGCCUAACGCGGGUUUUCGUGGGACAGUCGGACGGCCAUGUUUUGUGUACAAAAACAAUAAAAUCUACAAAAGAUG